AUGGAUUUAACUGUAAAUGAAUUAACAUCGGCGUCAUCAUUAAACAAUAACAGCAAAACACUAGUGACUGAUAUGGAAAAAUCGAAUGAAAUGCAACUGAAAUUUGAUGAUGACGAUGAUGAUGAGAAAAAAUCAUCGGCAUCAUCAGAAUCAGUAAUUAUGACGAGUAUGAUUCGUGGUUAUCAGUUAUCACAAGUACUUUAUGUUGCAGCAAAACUUGGUAUAGCUGAUAUAUUAGCUUGCCACAAUCGUAUGAAAAUCGAUGAACUAUCUAAACUAACUGAUACACAUACACCAUCACUUGAACAUUUACUUCGUGCAUUGGUUCAUGUUAAUGUAUUUAGAGUAGAUGAAGAUGGUUAUUAUUAUUCAACAUCCUUAAGUAAAUUAUUAGAAAUGAAUUCAUCAAGAUCAAGUGUUCUCACAUGGGUUCAACCAUGUUUCUGGCAAACAUGGGGCUCAUUACUGAACAGUAUUAAAACAGGUAAAUCAUCAUUUGAAAACUUAUAUGGAGUGGAUUUUUACCAAUACUCAGGACAAAAUCCAAAUAUUAAUUCUACAUUCAAUGAAUGUAUGGCAUCUGGACCACGACAUAAACAAUUUGUAAAAAUUUAUGAUGGUUUUUCUAAUGCGAACUGUGUUGUUGAUAUUGGUGGUGGAAUUGGUAGAUUACUUAUGAAUUUAUUAACAAAACAUAAACAUUUAAGAGGAAUAUUAUAUGAUUUACCUCAUGUAAUCAAUACAAUUAAUUUACAACAUUUAGAUAAAUCAGUAGCUGAGCGAUUUACAAUUAUUGGUGGUGAUAUGUUUACUGAUAUACCAAUUGAUGGUGAUAUCUACAUUAUAUCAAAUAUUUUAAUGGAUUUAAAUGAUGAGAAAGCACAAAUUCUAUUACAUAAUUGUCGUCAAGCAAUGAAAAAUGGUAAACGCUUAUUAAUUGUUGAUGUAAUAAUGUCAUCGUCUAUUGAUGUUAGCACGAAUGAAUUAUGGAAAGAAAUAUCUUAUUUACAUAUGCUUGUUGUUCAUCAUGGUAAAUUUCGUACACAAUUAGAAUUUCAAACAUUAUUGGAAAAUCAAAAUUUUAAAUUAAACAGAAUUAUACCAAUAAUGAAUAGUCUUGUAUAUGUAGGCAGCAUAUUAGAAUGUAUUGCAACAUAA